AUGAACAAAACCUCUCCCUCCUACUACGCCACUCGAGACUUGCUAGUGCUUAGCCAGCUCGUUUAUGAAGUCCAUCCGGCCGAAAUCGACUCCGCACAUAUGGAGAUCAUUACCCGUCGCUGGGAAACAACUCUUGCCACUCAGCUCUCCGUCAACCAGGGAUUGUAUCCCGAGACUGGGUUCGCCGUCUCUCCGGAAGAAGUGGCCCAGUUGUACUUGAACUUGCUCGACGAGUACAAAAUAUCUAUGGUACAAGAGGAACCCGAAAUUUUAGAACCCACCAAGCCAAAACAAAAGAAAGCGCAGAAAGUGUCGUACACAGAGUUGUUAGCGAACCAGUUGUACGCGAAGCGGUUACAGGAGAUUGACGAGGCCUUGGAAGUGGAAACCGAAACUUUCAACGCUGAAUUGAAAAAGUUGCAGGCCAUUGUGGGGGAGUAA